AUGGACCCUGCUAGCCUAGCCCUCAGCAUUUUAACGUCGUAUCGCCUGUGCACCGAAGGUUACAAAGUCAUUGUCUCCAUGAGGCAUGCGUCGACCAGUGCCAUUCGCAUCCAAUGCAAGUGCGAGAUCGAAGAGGCGCGAUUUCUGCUCUGGGGAAAGAGUUGGGGACUGGUCGACGACUUGAGUGUCUUUCGAUCAACCCCCAACGUCCAGCUCAAGCUAGUCAAGGAGCCGGUUGCCAUUUCGCAGUUAGUGGCCAAGAUCCUCUCCGAAAUCGAAAACAUUCUCGGCAACGCUACCGGCCUGAAGAAGAAGUAUGGCUUGUCCGACCUUCUUCGGACGGAAACGGCCAACGAAGAGGAUGCCAGCGAGGAACCAGCGCUGGAGCCAAAUUAUACUGGUAGCAUGAGCCUGAAGAAGAGGAUCAGCUGGUCCACACGCGACAAGUCCUCAUUUGAAGAGUUGGUAGCCGACCUGCGGGAGCUCAACAAUGGCCUUUACUCGCUGGUGCCCAUAAGGUCUCAGUCGCUUCUGACCGAGGCCUUGAAUGCAGAAAUCCUACCAGCGAAAGAUCAGCCUCGAGAUCUGGAGAUACUGAAGGAAGUCUCGGAGCAGGCAGAUCCCCAACUGAGUGACGCCGUGGAAUUGAAACUCCUGGGACUCAAGGCAAACUCUUGCGAGACGACCUGGAAUGCUAAUGCAUCUGUGAAAUUAUCCAAGGCCGGGUUCAGAUUCCAAACUCCAGAUGGAUUAUCAGAGCAUAGCGACAACCUCGCCAGCAGCUCCAUGUCGUACGCAUCCUUCACACCCAAAGGAGCUGACACAGGAGUUCCAGUGCUGAUAGAGUGGAAACCUUAUGACCCCCGCGCAACCGGAUCUCGGGCCUUUGUUAUUGCGCUGCGUGCAGAAGGACUCUGUCGGCUGCUUGAAAAGUUCUCUGCCACAUCUCUAAGCGUCCCCUCGUGUCUGGGAUUCUUCGACGAUGUCGACGGUGGCAGGUUCGGGUUCACGUUCCCGCUUCCUCAAACCCCUCUUUACGGAGGUCUCCUGCAACCUGCCAAUUUGAAUGACUUGAUUUCCGGUCAGCCUGCCUUACCUCCGCUUGAGGACCGCUUCAAGCUGGCGUCUACUCUAGCCCGCACUCUGUUCGCCUUCCACUGUUCGGAAUGGUUGCACAAGGAUUUCUCAUCGCACAACAUCUUACUGGGCACGUUACCUGGAAAUAACUCAAGCGCAGAUCUCACACAACCCUUUGUUGUCGGAUUCACAUACUCCAGGCCGGAAGACCACGAAGGCGUGUCUUCAGAGAUCCGCCAGACACAAUCCCUUAAGCAUCUGUUGUACCAGCAUCCAUCUCUUCUGCUCCACUCCACACCAGUUGCACCGAGAUACUGUAAAGCAUUCGACUUGUGGAGCCUUGGGUGCGUGCUCCUGGAAAUUGGCCUCUGGAGACGCCUGAAAGACCUGUGGAAGCCAAAAUAUGCAGAGAACCCGACUACAUGGACUGACAGACUGAGGAACGUUUGGGUGGGUGAACUUAGAGGUCGAUGCGGUGGGCAAUACGAGCAUGUAGUUACGCGUUGUUUGUCCGCAAGCGAGCAAGACUUUGAGUCCUCUGGGCUCUUCUGGGAAAUCAUUGGAAAGCUGGAGGAAUUGCGAGUAUAG